GCACCCGAAGUCUUGUUCGCGGACUAGAGUGCUUGGUACAGGAGAAGUCUCGGAGCUACGGGGAUGCAUCAUGCUCGUUCUGACUGAGAAGAGGAGUAAGCUGGAGCACCCAGAGCUUCAGAGUACAUUGCCUGCCACUUUUGCAAGUAAAUAAGCAUGGAAGGCAGCACUAUUCCACAUCCGGCGUGUCGAAAAGCCAGCCCUGAGCCGGGUCGACAACAGCGGUACGGAAGUGAGCGGCAGUGGCAGUUGGGCAGGGCCGAGCCAGGCCUCGACAGGCUGAGACUGAGAUCAAGGAAAUUCCAGCCUGGCCGGAAACGGCAGUGGGGUCGGCCCAGCCAAUGGAAAAUUCCACACGGCCAUCCGACCAUUGGCCGGCGGAUGGAGGCGAAAAGGCAGAAAACCGGACAUUGCAGUGCGUCGAGAAGUCUCGACGUCAAGGAUAUUGUUGGUUGACUUUGGUUGGGGAAUUCCCACUGCUUCCAGAGCCUUGGAUCUGGUGCGGAUAAUCGCACUUCUUGCCUGAUUGAUCUGACGGGCUUUGCAGUGCGAGUUGGGUUGAGUUGAUAGUUGAAGGCAA